GGGUGAUUUCGAUUUUGCCAAUUUCAAAUCCCCCGCCCGGCCUUCGUUGCUGCCAGCUCCCUCGUGUUCCCCGCCCGUCGUUGCUGCCAGGUCCCUCAUGUGUGGCAUCUGCCGAAGGCCUCGCUGAAGCCAUCGCCAACCAGCCGCCCGGAGUCAAGCCAUCGCCGAACCCAUCGUCGAGCAGCCGCUGCUAGGAGUCACAGCCAGCCGCCCCCAGUCGACGACGACGCCAGCUUGCCAACAGGAUGACUAAAAGCGGCAGCCAGGCCGUGAAGAAACACUUCAGGGAAGUGGGAAUCAGUGGGCAAGCUGACAAGGGAAACAGAAAGCAUGUAUGCGUUUACUCAAGGGGUUGAGAUGCAACAUCGAGCGCCUCAGAGGUACUAUACCAAAAGAGGAGUACUUGAGGAGGGAGAAGGGCAGGUCGGCUGCGAGGGCCGAGUUGGGGGCCAACAUGGGAAAACCCGAAAUGGAGGUGUCAUCGGAGGAUGAGAAUGCUCCGCGGACAUCGGGAGGAGUUGUGGAUCCAUCGGGGUCUGCAGUAGGCCUCCGCCAGACGAAUCCGCAAACGUCGGCGGCAGCAGUUGCGGAUCCAUCAGGGUCUGGAGUUGGGCUCCGCCAGACAACGAUCAUGGACAGUGCUGCUGUCAUCACGGCACACGAGCAAACGCAGCGCACUAUAGACGACUGGAUGCCGGCCGAAUGCAUCCCGUUCAACAUGAUGAAGAGCGAGUACUGGGACAGAAUGGUGCACGCGCUAACGAACGCGCCGAAAGGCUUCAGGUAUGCGAAGUUCGAGAAUGCAAGGACAAAGAGGGUUGAAGUGACAAGGGGCAGGGUCGGGAGUAGGGUGGAGGAGUUGCGACAGGAGUGGCCAACCACUGGCUGCAUGUUGCAACUUGAUGGUUGGACAGAUUGCCGGCAGAGACCGCACAUCAACGUGAUGGUCUCCUUUCCUAAAGGCUCCAUCUUUUGGAGAAGUGUGUGUAUGUCGAGGCGCAACAAGGGCGCCUCAGCAUACUACGCCAUUUUGAAGAGGGCAAUAGAGGAGAUAGGUGCGGAGGCAGUGGCGGGAGUCAUUAUGGACAAUGCAGCUGUUUGCGCAGCUGCGGGGCGAAUGAUUGAAGCAGAUUACCCUCACAUCUUCUCUGUCCAGUGCACAGCACACUCCCUCAACUUGAUGUUCGAGUCUUUCGCGAAGAUCGGGUGGGUCGGCGCAAGCAUUAAAAGGGCAUCGGAGUUGGCGAAGUUCUUCACGAACCAUUCGCGGGUGCGGGACCUCCUGACCCACUACUCCGGUGGCGGUGUCGUGGCAAAACCGGGUGCGACCCGAUUUGGCACCAACUUCAUCAUGCUGUCCAGCCUGCAGCAGUUGUACUUGCCACUGCAUGUCGAGAAGGUGAUGCAAAGGUCCAAAGAACUGCUCAAACUGUUGAAGAAGGUCGAUGGCACGGGCCCCACCAUCAGUAAGGUGUAUGCCCGUAUAGACAGCGCAGUGGAGAAACUAAGGGAGAGCAAUCACUUUUCCAAAACGGAGGAGGAAAUGGAGGAGAUCAUCAUGCGACGCUGGAACGCAAUACCAUUGCCGCUGCAUUGUGCUGCACUGUUCUUGGAUCCGGAGUACAGAGCAUCGCGGCCAGAAACGGAUGCAGAGGUUGCAGAUGGGUUUUGGACGUGGCUUUACUCGUGGUGCAAAGAGUCCUCGUUUGCUGAGGUCGACGCAGAGGUUUGUUCUUGGAUCGAGGGCACUGGGCGCCACGAUUGUGAACAUGCAAGGACUCGAGGCCGUCUGAUGCAGCCGGCGAGGUGGUGGAGGAAGUGGUGCAGUGACAUGCCCAUCCUCCAGAAGCAAGCCGUUCGUCUGCUUGGACAAGCGUCCUCCUCCUCUUGUUGCGAGAGGAACUGGAGCUUGUUCGAACGAAUUCAUAGUCGUCUCCGUAACAACCUCGGCGCCAUCAAGCUCAGCACGCUGGCUGUCAAGGAUUCACCGCAAUGGGAAGAGGAUGAACCAGUGGAAGAUCUCACACGGGUUGAGAUGGCCGCGGAUGGACGAAUGCGGUUGGCGGAGUGGUGUGCCCGACUGCACAAAACAGAGCCGGUUAGUGACGCAGGUGAGAACGAUGACUCAGGCUCCGACGACGACGACAAUCCCGUUGAAGCAACACAAACGCCUGUUCCAGAGGAGAUCACAGUMCAACGUCAUCGGCUGCGCAGAGAUCUUCUUGAGCUCGAGAGACAGCUCAACGAGUCAUGGAGGAAGGCCACAAAGGCUUCCAAGUUUCUGGCCCGGCAACAUUUGCACGAGUUGGAUCAGGCCACGAGAUCCAUGACCGUUGAGCAUGCCAACAAAUACAAAGCUGCAAGGGCAAUUGCAUGUGCACCGCCCUUGAUCCCGGCCAAACGAGGGAGAGGGAGACCUCGGAAGGAUGCUGCAACUCAAGGCGGGACAGGUGAUGAGGAGGAGGCCCAAGACGUGGAAGGUGACAAUUUGGCAGGAGGUCCUGCACCCGCACGUGUCUCAAGAAAGCAGGGACGACCGCGGAAGGAGCCCGUGCAAGACGAGGAGGAAGCAGCGCCAGAACAGACAAGCAGCGAUGAAAGUGGUGGCGGUGGUGAUAAAAAUGAUGGCAGCAGCGAUGGUCACGACGGGAGCGGUGGCUGCGAUGGGACUGAUGGCAGUGGCGAGGAGGACGAAGGCGAAGGAGACGAGAAAGAUGGUUGUUCGUCGGAGGAAGAGGGCGACUCCGAAUCAGAACCCCUGGCUAAACUGCGCAAGACAUCCCACUAAAGCACGCACGCGGACCAUCAAACAUUUUUCAAAGUUCUUUUAUUUUUUUUCUUUAUUUUUUUAGUUCUGUCACUUGUGC